AUGAUGAACUCUAGCGUUCCUCCGUUUCCUCCUGGUGUGCCUGGUGUUCCAGCUCCCAACAACAUGAUGAUGAAUCCCAAUCAGCAGCAACCACAACAACCAGGAGGUUACAACAGCAAUAACAACAAUCCAAUGAUGAUGAACCAGUCUGGCAUGAUGCAACAGCCUGGAAUGAUGAAUCCAUCUGGAAUGAUGCAACAGCCGCAACCAAACACCAACAACAUGAUGAUGAUGAACAAUAACAAUAACAAUCCCAUGAUGAUGAACAGUGGAAUGCAAAACAAUCCUCUCAUGAUGAAUCAGCAACAGAUGAUGAACAGUGGAAUGAUGCCACAGCAACAGAUGAUGAUGAAUCAGCCUGGCAUGAUGAACAACAAUAUGAUGCAACAACCCAAUCAGAUGAUGAUGAAUCAGUCAGGGAUGAUGCAACCACCCCAACAACCCACCAUGGCUGGAAACAACAGUAUGAUGAAUCAAAACCAAAUGAAUCCCAACAUGAUGAACCGUAGUGUUAUGAAUACCAAUCCACCCACUAUCAUGCCACCGACAAACACGAUGAGUAGUCCCCCUCGAGCACCCCAAACGCCACAAGCGCCACAACGCAACACUCCAAAUAAUCAGCAUUCGCAUCACCGUUUGACCCGUCCACCGUACAUGGAUCCCACCACUAAUAUUCUCUACGAAUGCGAUCAAGCCGAAUACGAAGGAUGGCUUACCAAACAAUCCAUGUGGCUCAAAGAUUGGAGACGACGUUAUGUUAUCCUCAAGGGCAACAAACUCUUUUUUGCCAAGAACGAAUACCAAGGACCCCACGGCAUGAUUGAUCUCGCCCAUUGUACCACUGUCAAGAGUGCCGAUUGGAAAUCCAAAAAACGACAUUCCUUUGAAAUUUCGACUCCGGAAAUUACGUAUCUGUUGUACGCCGAUACGGAAACGGAAAAGGACGAUUGGAUUGGGCGUGUCGGGAAAGCGAUUGUCCGAUGUUCUCGCACAUAUGUCGGCAAGGGAGGACAACCUGGAGGUGGACAACCACAACAUCAUAUGCAGUCGCCCAUGGGAGAUUCCGACGAAGAAGACGAUGAUGAUAUUUAUACCAAUGAUGACAUGGAAAAUCCAUAUUACAAUGAUUGA